CUUUGUGAGAUCCGAGUCAGACCCAGUGAACUGAAAAUGGCUCAGAGUUUAGAUUUCUCCAAUUGGUGGCCAACUGAAGCGAAGAAAGGGACGCCCGUGGUGGUAAAAAUGGAUAACCCGAACUACUCGGUGGUGGAAAUCGACGCCCCCGAUGCUGCAUUCCGGCCAGUGGAGAAAACCAGAGGCAAAAACGCCAAGCAAGUGACUUGGGUUUUACUUCUCAAGGCUCACCGUGCCGUCGGCUGUGUCGCUUGGAUCGCCUCACUCUUUUGGGCAGUGCUCGGAGCCAUCAACAAAAGGCUGAUCUUCAGGCAAGAUGUUGCCAUGGCCAGUGAAAAAAUGGGGAAAGGGAAAGUUUUGUUCAUUGUCAUUAAACUCUUCCUAGUGACUUCCAUCGCAAUUCUGUGCUUCGAAUUGCUCGCUUAUCUCAACGGAUGGCAUUAUUUUCGGAAUCCCAGUUUGCAUAUUCCGAUGAGCAGUGACAUCCAGGGGCUGCUCCACUUGGUUUAUGUCACUUGGUUGUCGGUUCGGGCCAAUUACAUUGCACCGCCGAUUCAAGCUUUGUCUAAUUUCUGUGUUGCUCUGUUUCUUAUCCAAUCUGCUGAUCGGUUGAUACUUAGCUUAGGCUGCUUUUGGAUUAAGUACAAGAAGAUUAAACCCAGAAUUGAGGGGGAUCCGUUCAAGUCCGAUGAUGUGGAACGAUCCGCCGAUGUGUAUCCCAUGGUUCUUGUUCAAAUCCCAAUGUGUAACGAGAGAGAGGUAUAUGAGCAGUCUAUCUCUGCUGUCUGCCAACUUGAUUGGCCUAAGGAUCGAUUAUUGAUUCAGGUACUUGAUGAUUCUGAUGACGAAAGCAUCCGGUAUUUAAUUAAAGCAGAGGUUGCUAAAUGGAACCAAAAGGGUGUCAAUAUAAUUUACCAACAUCGUCUGAUAAGAACCGGUUACAAGGCAGGGAAUCUUAAUUCUGCCAUGAGUUGCGAGUAUGUACAGGCCUAUGAGUUUGUAGCAAUAUUUGAUGCUGAUUUUCAACCUAACCCGGAUUUUCUAAAGCAAACCGUGCCGCAUUUCAAGGACAAUCCUGAGUUGGGGUUAGUUCAGGCUAGAUGGGCUUUUGUCAAUAAGGAUGAGAAUUUGUUGACUCGUCUCCAGAACAUUAACUUAUGUUUCCACUUCGAAGUCGAACAACAAGUUAAUGGUGUGUUUUUAAAUUUCUUUGGUUUUAAUGGAACUGCUGGAGUUUGGAGAAUUAAAGCUCUCGAGGAAUCCGGAGGCUGGCUUGAAAGGACAACUGUAGAGGACAUGGACAUAGCCAUUCGUGCACAUCUCAAUGGUUGGAAAUUCUUCUUCCUUAAUGAUAUAAAGGUCCUUUGUGAAGUCCCGGAGUCGUAUGAAGCAUACAGGAAGCAGCAACAUCGCUGGCAUUCAGGACCUAUGCAACUCUUCCGCUUAUGCCUUCCAGCGAUCAUAACUUCCAAGAUAGCGAUAUGGAAAAAAGCAAACUUAAUACUGCUUUUCUUUUUGUUGAGGAAACUUAUCCUUCCCUUCUACUCCUUCACAUUGUUCUGCAUAAUUCUUCCUCUAACCAUGUUCGUCCCGGAGGCCGAGCUUCCUGUUUGGGUUAUUUGUUAUGUACCUGUUUUUAUGUCAUUCCUCAACAUUCUUCCAGCCCCCAAAUCAUUCCCUUUCAUUGUUCCUUACCUUCUAUUUGAAAACACCAUGUCCGUGACCAAAUUCAAUGCAAUGGUAUCGGGACUGUUCCAGUUGGGUAGCUCCUAUGAGUGGGUUGUGACCAAAAAGGCUGGCAGGUCAUCGGAAUCUGACUUACUCGCUUCUGCCGAGAGGGAAUCGAAGACAAUGAACCAGCUGCAAAUUCAGAGAGGAGCUUCAGAAAGUGAGCUCACUGAAUUAAACCGAUUAAAGGAACAGAAAGAGGCGGCUCCCAUACCUGUUAAGAGGGUCAAUAAGAUAUACAGGAAAGAGCUCACUCUGGCAUUCCUCCUACUUACAGCUUCGGUUAGGAGCCUGCUAGCAGCACAAGGAGUACAUUUCUACUUCCUCCUCUUCCAGGGCGUGACUUUUCUCCUAGUCGGUCUAGAUUUAAUCGGAGAGCAGAUGAGCUAAUGCCGCACCGAAGCUAGAGAGAAAACCGAUGGUGAUAUAAUUAAGUCAGUAUUCUUUGUAUCCACUGACAAAAAACUGGUUUUCGGCUGUGCAGUUCUCGGCAAAUGGUUAAGGGUACCAUUCCAGGUGUUCGCAUCGAGAUGCCGGAUUGAAGGUUUUUAUUCAUCAAUAACUCUAUUUUCUGUAUUCACAGUUUAUAUCUACAUUUGUUUUUCCACAUUGGACAGUGAACCAUUUGUUGGUAUUGUUGUUAUAGAGACAUAUAGGUAGGAUUUUGAACUCCACCCUGAUUCUUGAUUUGAGUGUGGUUUGGCAAUAAAGGUUCAGGCCAUGUUGUAUUUGUAAAAACUCGAUGCCCUUUCUCGGUCUCGGAUUCCAAAUAUUUGCUAUGAUUUCAUGUAAAAACAUCCGAUAUUUGUAUAAAA